AUGGAGACUGAAAGGGAGCGCUUUCCUAAACUAAGGCAAGUUCUUCUCUUUGUUUUGCUGGCUCAGACUUGCGCGGAGCAGGAAGAUUACAGCAUCGCAGAAGAAACCGACAGAGGUUCUAUUGUGGCCAAUCUAGCAAAGGAUAUAGGGCUAGGGGUAGGAGAGCUGCCUUGGAGGAGGGCUCGGGUCGUUUUUAAUAAUCACAAGAGACAUUUUCAGCUGAACCUUCAGACUGGAGAUUUACAAGUAAAUGAGAAACUGGAUCGGGAAGAACUGUGUGGCCACAUUGAGCCUUGUGUGCUGCAAUUCCAAGUGUUACUGGAAGAACCUUUGGAGGUAUAUAGGUUUAAGCUUUUGGUUAAUGAUAUAAAUGACAAUUCCCCCGUGUUCCCAGAGACAGAAAUGAUUUUGAAAAUUCUGGAAAAUACUCUCCCAGGAACUGUGUUUCCCCUAAAAAAUGCACAAGAUUUGGAUGUAGGCAUCAAUAACAUUCAGAACUACACCGUCUACCCCAGCUCUCAUUUCCACGUUCUUACCCGCAUUGGUGGUGAGGGCAGAAAGUACCCGGAGCUGGUUCUGCUCAAAGCUCUAGACAGAGAGGAGCAGCCUGAGCUCAGGUUAACCCUCACCGCAGUAGAUGGUGGAGCUCCUCCUAAAACUGGGACUGCACUGGUCCUCGUUGAUGUCUUGGACAUCAAUGACAAUGCCCCUGAGUUUGUGCAGCCAGUCUAUCAUGUGCAGAUCCUGGAAAACAGUACCCUGGGAUCCCUUAUUGUCACUGUUUCUGCUAGAGAUUUAGACACGGGAAUAAAUGGAGAAGUAUUCUACUCAUUUUUUUAUGCUGAUGAAGAGAUUACUAAGACAUUUGCACUUAAUGAACUAACAGGAGAAAUUAAAAUAAUUAAGAAACUAGAUUUUGAAAAAAUUAUGUCAUAUGAGGUAGAUAUUAAGGCCUCUGAUGGGGCAGGUCUUUCUGGAAAAUGCAUGGUCAAAAUACAAGUGGUGGAUAUAAAUGACAACAGUCCAGAACUGACGGUGGCUUCACUUAUAAGCCUUAUCCCGGAAAAUUCCCCCAAGACUACCAUAGCUCUUUUCAGUGUUCAAGACCGAGACUCUGGGGAAAAUGGAAGGAUGAUUUGUUACAUUCAAGAGGAUGUUCCCUUCACUCUAAAACCUUCCAUUGAGAAUUUCUACAAGCUUGUAACAGAAGGAGUGCUGGACAGAGAGACCAAA